GUUGCAAGAUGGCGGGCGCACCCACGUGUCUGGAGCGGUCGAAAUGAGGCAUCUAUACUUAUACACAUCUAUGAUGCAAUGACCCAGAGCAUCGUGGGAUAUGAGGCAUGUUUCUAGUGUGAACGACAUUGACAGUAGAGGUGGAGCUGAUGGGAGACACAAUGAAGGCAGAGGGCAUCAUGGUGCCUGACUUUGGCAGAUCACCACCAAAGGGCUGUCCGAUGCAUCAAGAUGUUAAUAAAAGUGCCCCUCCACCAGAAUGUCCAAUGCAUCAGGGGUCUGCACCUGCUAGCGAUCAGCUGAAGAAGGCGGCAGAUGUACCAGCACAUCAGGACAGGGCAUAUGAAUUUGUAGAGUGUCCUAUGAGAGCUGCUGACAGGGCUAAACCCAUGAUGUCUGACAUCAAUCCUGCAAACAUGAUGCCACCACCUAACCAAAAACCUUCAGCUGGUCAACCGUUCCCCCUGUCUGUUGUAAGAGAGGAAUCUACCAUCCCUCGUGCUGGAUCUGAGCAGAAAUGGGUUUAUCCCUCAGAGCAGAUGUUCUGGAAUGCCAUGCUGAGAAAAGGAUGGCGCUGGAAUAAUGAUGAUAUCAAACAGAAAGACAUGACAAACAUCAUCAGGAUUCACAACCAGAAUAAUGAGCAAGCCUGGCAGGAAAUCCUGAGAUGGGAAAAGCUCCAUUCCAUAGAAUGCCCAUGUGGACCUUCUCUUCUAAGGUUUGGUGGCAAAGCAAAAGACUUUUCACCCAGAGCCAGAUUUCGCCACUGGAUGGGGCAUGAGCUGCCAUUUGACAGGCAUGACUGGAUUAUUGACCGGUGUGGAAAAGAGGUCAGAUAUGUGAUAGACUACUACGAUGGAGGCCAGGUGUCUAGGCAUACUAUCCUUGACGUGCGUCCUGCCUUCGAUUCCUUAGGAGCUGUUUGGGAUCGUAUGAAAGUGGCCUGGUGGCGUUGGACCUCCACAUGAAUAUUCUCCACAUUGAGUCUUGUGUGAUCUGUAGGAUAUACAUGAACUUGUUUAUAUAACUUACUUUUUUUUGCAAAUGGAAUCAGAAUGAACUCCUUAUUUUGCUGUCAUGGAUUUUGCUCUCAUGACUUCCUCCAAUGACACAUGCGAAGAAUGCUAUAGUUGGCACUGUGUGUUGUUGCAGACAUACAGUAUCAUACAUUGUACUUUGCUACUGUAAUUAAAGAGGAAAUAGCAAAAAAAAAGUAGUCUUAUGAAGGCAUUCUGGCAUACAAAAAAUAAGUGUACUGUAUGAUUUUUGGUAGCAUGUCAGUAUACUUUUGCCUUCCUGUUUUAUUAUAAAAUAUCUACAGUGUUAACCAUCCAGGGAGACUGAAUCCAAUGACUGUGUAAAUACUCUGAUACAUGCUUUUUAUUUUUUCUUCAUAUCAAUUAUAUUUAUUUCUGCCAUAAAGUCAGUUGUUAAAGGAAUUUAUUAUAAUGUUCAUUAACAUGCUCACUCACUGUUUUCUAAUUUGCAACUGACAUGAUUUUCAAAACAAAUUAUGAAGAUGAAAUAUUUCACUCUACAGUACAGAAAUCAAAUACUUUGUUCAGGUACUGUCAAAAAAGAGCAUCAUUUAUACCUGUUUUUGGUGUGUAAUAUCAUUUUCUUUAAAUUUGAACUUUCUAGAGAUGGCAAUUUUGUGCAACGCUGCUAUAAAAUAAAAUGACCCAUCAACAAGAA